CCGCCGCGCUUCCAGUGCCUCUCCGCGCUCCCGUACGUGCGUUUCUGUUCUCGCGAGUUGGUGUCGCACCGCUGCCUCCCCCCUGCGCAGAGUUGCGAGCCGUCGCCGCCGCGUCCGACAAGUUGAGAGGCAGAGUGUGAGAAAGAGAGAGAAGGACACAGAGAGUUUAAGUGCUUUGGCUGUUUCCUCCGAGAUCCUUCGGCGACCUGACACGACCGACCGACAAGCGCUUCAAGAGACAUGGCCGAGAGUAAGGGCGCGUUAAUCGCGAAGACAGUGCAAAAACAUGCUGGCAGGGCGAAGGAAAAGUUCCUCCAGAACCUGGGCAAGGUCGACCGAACAGCGGACGACAUAUUCGACGAGCACCUGCAGAACUUCACGAGGCAGCAGAACUCCGCCAACAGGCUGCAAAAGGAGUUCAACAAUUACAUCAGGUGUGUUCGAGCGGUGCAGGCCGCCUCGAAGACGCUCAUGGACUCGUUGAAUGAAAUCUACGAGAGCCAAUGGACCGGACACGAUCUGUUAUACGUACAGGCACAAAAUCUCGACAUGCUGUGGCAGGAUUUUACUCACAAGCUCGCAGAUCAGGUUCUUGUGCCACUCAACACAUAUCAGAGCCAAUUCCCGGAGAUGAGGAAAAAGAUCGACAAGCGCGGCCGUAAAUUGGUGGACUACGACAGUCAGAGACACAACUUCCAGUCGCUGCAGUGCAAUCCAAAGAAAAGGGACGAGCUGAAGGUGUCCCGGGGGAAGGAGAUGCUGGAGGAGGCGAAGCGCACGUACGAGCAGCUGAAUUCCGAGCUGCACGACGAACUGCCGGCGUUGUACGACUCGCGCGUGCUUUUCCUCGUCACCAAUCUGCAGACCCUCUUCGCCGCGGAACAAGUCUUUCACACGGAAAGUGCCAAGGUGUAUUCCGAAUUGGAAGCGAUCGUCGAUAAAUUGGCCAACGAGAGUCAGCGAGGAUCUUACACGCUGAAGAAGAACACGGAACCGCAGUCGCCCAAGUCGCCGAACGCGAACUCGUCCUUAAUAAUCAACACGCAACCGGCACAGAACAAUAUCUCAGGAGCCUUGGACGACACCGAGCCCGCGGCCAGGGACUCGUCGCCGACCACCCAGAUAAACGGCAACGCUAACAGCAACGCUAACAGCAACGCUAACAGCAAUGAUAACUCUCUCAAUAACCAGGACGCGUCGCCGCCGAGCGCAGUCGCGCCGUCCAAGCGGGUCGAAGAGUUGUACGAUAUUCCAGUCGAGGUGGAAUAUGAAAAUGCUACCAAUUUCUCUGUAGGGGCGACGACCGACAAUCUACCGCCGGGCGUGCUGUACAGAGUUAAGGCCACUUACAAGUACAGCCGCGAAGACGUCGACGAGCUGUCGUUCGACGUCGGUGAGAUCAUACGCGUCGUGGAGUACGACGAUCCGGAGGAACAGGAAGAAGGCUGGCUAAUGGGCAUCAAGGAGGGCACCAACGAGAAGGGCAUGUUCCCGGCGAACUUCACGAAGCCUCUGUGAGAGAGCUGUGUGCGGUUCGCCAUUUAACACUCCAAUGCUCACAGAGAAACAGCGUAUUUUACUCUAAGAUAAGUUAAAGAGUCGUAAUUGAAACGAGAGAUAAGAAUCGUUGCGCGUGUGUGCGCGCGAGAGAGAGUAGUAUUACGCACGACGUGUACAGGUGUAUAACGCGCAGGUGGAAAGAAGAAACGAAAAAGAGAGAGAGAGGGAACGAAAGCGGGAGAAAGGAGGAAGAUAGGCGGACGACGAGCUCUUGCAGGAGGAGUAAGGGGGAGGGGGGGCGGGCGGGGAAUUCGAUAAGAUAGUUAUGCUGUGGAGGGUACUGCGGAGAAUCAAUCACCCCAAAGUGCCUUAACCCAGCCCACUGUCUGUGCCAACAUUCACUCGUUUUGUUCAUCAAGUGUGUGCGUGCGUGUGUGGUACCUGUGUGUGUAUGUUUGUGUAUGUGUGUGUGUGUGUGUGUGCGCGGGAUAACUCUCUCAUAUCAAACGUACGAAAUACAAACACACCGUGAGUAAUCAAAUGAGAUAUUUAAGCGACUAAAAUAAUAUAUUGUAAUACGUACACACAUUCGACACGUGCCACAUAUACAUGAAAACAGAUACACACACACACACACACGUGUAUACACACUUAAACACGGUAUAUGCAAUAUUAUAAUAUAAAAAAACGAAAGCUAUAUAUUAAAUUAAUAUUAUUUUAUGAAAUUGUACAUAGAUCUAUAUACGAUUUAAGAGUAUUUUACGAGGUAACUUUGUGGCCACUGAGAGAAAUUAUCGCUAUAAGAGGUAUACAUACAUCCUAAAAAAAGUUUAAGAACAAUCGCGCGCAAUAUCGCGAGAGAAAGAGAGAGGUUGCCAAACUCCUCGUUCCUCGCGAGGGGAGGUGAGAAAAACUUCAAGGUCCAACUACCUGUCUGCAUUCGUAACGUAAGGUUUUACAAUAUUUACCCGCCUAUCGCUCGGCAGGACAAGUCUAUAUAGAGUAACGAUAAUCAUACCGGUCAAAAUCUCGCCGCGAUCCACAAUGCCAAAUUUUUCAAUGACAUAUUAACGUAUAAUAAGGCAUCGAGGAAAAGUGAUACGUAAGAAAAUGAAUAUUGCAAUGUAUAAAUGAGAUGAUAUAUGCGUGCAUAUAAUCUCCGUGUAAUUUUACGGUCGAUAGUUCUUCUCUUCUUCUUGUUCUUCUUCGUCUCGCCCAAAGGGGGAGCGAAUUUUGUGUUUAGUGGAAUUUAUUCGCGAUAUAUUUUUGCAGAUUUUAUUUACUCGUCCAUUGCGUGUAUCCGCAAUCUUAUGUACAUGUAUGUAGAAAAUCGAGUAGCGACAAGAGAGGGAGAGAGGGAGAAAGAGAGAGAGAGAGAGAGAGCGUUUAUUAUUAUAUUAUUAUGCUAUUAUUAUUAUUACUAUUAUUAUUAUAAUAACUAUCGCUCCCGUUUAUCUAUCUAUAUUGUCAGAGUAGAGGAGGAAUACGUAACGAGCCGACCCCCGAGAAAAGAAAAAAAGGAAAAAGAAUUUUUUGUAGACUCGAUCAAUACUCGAUAGAUCUGCCCGAAACAAUCUUGUAUUCGCAUCUUGUGUAAUAAAUAGUGUUGUAAUAAUAAUAUAUAUACACACACACAUACCUUACAGAGAACGUGAUGUUAAGUGAGAGUAUAUGGAUUUCAGCUUCCACUUAAUCGCGGCGUGUGUCCUGAUUUUCCCGCAUCGGACUUGCGAGAUCGGCGCAAGUAGAUCAGAUUGUUUCGUAUUGAUUGAUCCAUUGUCACGCUAACGAUCGAUCUGCCGGAGGUCACCGAUAGAUUUUCUUGACUUUUCCCGUUUAUUAUCCGUAAUAACGCAAUAAGUGAAGCUGAAAGUUGCCGCAAUACUCAAGAAAAGAAAAAUAUCGAUCUGCGAGAAAACUCGAGACGGUACUCGGAGAAAUCGUCUCGAGCGAAUCGACGAAAUUCUCGUUUUCUUAUUGUUUCCGCCGUGUCGCGCUUUGCGUCACCCACGUGCUCGUCCAGCGGAGGGCGAAAUGCAUUUAAGUGUCGAGAACCCGGAUAAAGACGAAGGAAUCCUUCGGUUACGUAACAUCGAUAUUUUUUUUUAUUAACAUUACACUUGUAAAUGAGUUUGGUGAUUCGAAUGUUUGUAAUAAUAUCUAACCGAAAAAUCGAAUGAGCGAGAAGUGUACAUAGUCGUUUACUGCCAUCCGCGCGUCAACGUGACGUGUCAUGAUAGGCUGAAUCUUACGACACGUCGCGUCGAUAUGUAAGAUGGCAAGGAAUCUCUUCAAUGGCAAUUACGUCACGCUCUACGAUUUAUUGCGCUCACAAUGCAACCGAACAUGGAAAAGCGCGUAAUCGGAAGAAUCCCGGUAAAAAAAGCUCGCGUAAUGCUUAGUGUAGCAAUCGAUUGUUAUAUCGUCAUUUGUCACUUUUACGCCUUGUUGUUUUAUCAUUUUCUUCUUUUUCUCCCGAAGCAGUCAGUCGUAUCUUUUUAUAACCUUAAUACAAAGUGUAUCAAACACACAAACAAACACACACAUACAUACACGUCUAUAUCCCCCUUAAUUGUCUUGACAUUUAAAACUGAUUAUACAAUAAAUAACGACUGAUUUGUAAUACGUAACACACGUGAGCGUUUGUAGCGUGAUUCCUUGCCCCGAAGUUGAAUAAAGAAGUGUAUUUCGCUUGAGAA